GCUUCUUACCUCAGACAACAACACCUUUUUAUCUUGCAAUCGCCCUUUGAACAAGUAACUUUCGAAUUUGAGCAUGACGGCAACUCAGACAACUCUCAACAAAUCCACUGAAACGCUCUACCUUUUACCUGCUGCUUGGUCUGCCGACGACCUUGCUGACAUUUGUCCCGCGUGCAACGGCACCGGAUACUUGACAGCCUCUCCUGAGAAGGAGGAACCGUGCUUCAACUGCCCAGGCCCGCAACUUUCACGAUACCCUACUACCUACGACGGUGUUGGUGUCAAGGGCCUCGUCGACCCAUGCAACAUGGACCCUGAAACGAAAACCGAAACACGCAUACGGAUACAUAGCGACAUGGGCGCUUCGCAACAGUUGAAACGACCGCGGUGGUCAUUAAGCAUGUAUUGGCGCGGAAAGAAUGACGGGGCAGAGGCCGAUGUGGAGUGCAGCGUAGAAGAGGAAUGCAGCAUAUCAAGGAGGCGGUCAAAGAAACAUGGGCCGCGACGGUCCAAGCGUUGGAAUGCAAGAGCCGAGACUCAUUAUGCAGAGACAGCUAUGCAGGAGCUCGCUCGAGAAGCGUAAAGUCGCUUCAUUGGGUACUUUUUUUUGGGGUGGGGAAAACACUUGGCGCUGGUGCGCCGCUUUAUAGAUACCAUCUGUCGGAUUCUACUGUAGUCAGCUCCUACGGUGGCCAUAGGAUUUCGUUUUUUAUCUUGUAUAUAUUAUGGUUGGCUGCCUUCGCCCCUGACAAUGUCUGGUCCUGACAAUAUACAUGUGCUAUACAUUAUUGAUACUUGA